GGGUUCAGUUGGUAACCCUGAUCUCCACUGUCAUCUAGAUAUUCAGAUUUUUGUGCAACUUGCAAAAAAUAUUCUGAUACUGAUUUCCGAGUUCUGUUGGUGUUGGUUGUAACUUUUACUGUAAUUUCGUUUUAUACAUUUUCUCUAAAUACUAUCAACAAAUAGAUAAAACCUUACUCCUUCUCAACACUUCAGUAAUGUCAUAUCAAUUGUACAGAAACACUACAAUCGGUAACACAUUACAAGAGAGUCUCGACGAAUUAAUACAGUAUGGCCAAAUAACGCCAGCACUAGCAGUAAAGGUUUUACUGCAAUUCGAUAAAUCAAUAAAUCAGGCUUUGUCUAACAGAGUAAAAUCCAGAUUAACCUUCAAGGCAGGAAAAUUAAAUACAUACAGGUUUUGUGAUAAUGUAUGGACAUUCAUGUUGAAUGAUGUGGAGUUUCGGGAAGUACAAGAAGUUGCCAAAGUUGACAAAGUGAAAAUUGUGGCUUGUGAUGGAAAAAAUGUUGAUGACCGAAGGUAAUCAAUUGGAAAUGCUAGGGAUUCUAGUUCAUAAAUUGUCUGCAAAGAAACUUAAGAAUUUCAUCUAAAUUUUAAAACUAUUGUAUUUUUGGAAAUAUCAUCCUCUAAAUAAAUAAUGUAAGUGAUGUAA